CUUCACUUCUCUACACAUCCUUCGUCCAUCUGUCGAGAGACCACAAGAGAAUAGUUUCGGCCUCCUGACACACAGAGAUGGCUCCAGCUCUGGCGCUCCUUUUCAUUUGCUCUCUGCUGCAAGGUGCCCUGUGUGGAGACUUUAGGGUCACUAUGCCAAAGACUAUAGAGGUUCUUAGUGGAUCCUGUGUGAACAUCCCCUGCUCCUUUGACAUAUCGGACACCUUGAAAGCAGAAUUGACUUCUCAAUGUAAAGCACUAUGGAAAAACCAUCAAAACAAAGUUCUGUUCAACAGCAGUAAUCCACAACAGAGCACAAUAAAAGGAAGCUUGACAGGAGACUUGACAAAAAAAGACUGCACCACAACCCUGAAUAACAUGCAACCUGCUCACAGCAAUAGAUAUCACUUCAGACUGCAAUGCAGCGAUAAACUGAAACACAAUUUUUUGUUAUCAAUCUUGAAUAUUUCAGUCAAAGCUGAUCCUCCCAGGCCGACUCUGACUCCGUCCACACUGAAGGUGAAGGAGGGAGCCUCAGUGAGUUUGGUGUGCUCUGCUCCAGCUCCCUGUUGGUCUCAUCCUCCGAACCUGACAUGGACCUCCGGCCUGGGAGACAGUCGGGAGACGCUGCUGGAGGAUCAGGACAAAAAUAAGGUCAAGACCUCUGUUGUGAACUUCACCGCUUCUCACCACCAUCAUGGAAAGACAAUCUUCUGUACGGCCACCUACAACAAACAAAAUGGGAACAGCGACUCAGCUGUUAGCAAAAGUUUAACAGCUGAUAUUUCAUAUGAACCUGUGACUGUGACCCUGAUACAGGAAAAGGAACCAGUAAUGGAGGGUGGCAGUGUCACCGUGGAGUGUGCUGCUAAUAGUAACCCACAACCACACAAGUACACAUGGCUCAAAAGACAGAAGGGUCUGAUCAACAAAAUAAAUUCAACUGAGAGAAGAAAGCCCUUCCACAACAUCACGCGAGACACUUCUCUCUCCUGCAUCGCUUACAAUGACAUUGGCACAGGGAAGUCCGACUGGUUGGAUCUGGAAGUUCAAUUUGCUCCACACAUCCUGCCAACAUCUGACUGCACCAAAUCUGCAGCCCAGAUAAACUGUUCCUGCAAGACUGCUGGGAACCCCUCUCCCACUUUACAGUGGUAUUUGGAUGAGUUACCUGUCAAUCACUCUGACAAGUUUGCCAUCAGCUAUGAGCCUCUGAAUGACACAGGUUUUAGGAGCAUCAUCAUUGUGAAUCAACCGCAGGAGAGAGCCGUGUCCACCGUGGUCUGCCGCAGUUCCAACUCCCUGGGAUCUGCCAGCCAACGUUAUUAUGUUCACAGCCUUUCACCAAGUCAAGAUCGAGUGACGUUGCCAGUCUUCAUCACCACAGUUUCCGCUCUACUAGUACUAGUAUGUGCUCUUCUGUUUGUCAUCAGGGCUCAGAAGACAGGCCAUAACCCUUCGAAGAGUCAAUGCACAGGUGACACCAGUGCAGUUACUAUGAGCCAACUUCUAACAAGUGGAAAGGGAAAUGAGGUACCAAACACAACAGAAGAGGACAUAUAUGUCAACACCAAUACACUGAUGCAGGCAGAUGUCACCUUUCCUACAGCUGUCUCUGAGCCAAACAUCACCGACUUGUCAACAUCAGGAACAGACAAUGCAGAAGAAGCAGGUAAAAGCUCAGAGAAGAAGAAUGAGAAAGACACGGAUAGGAUUUACUCUAUUGUGAAAUGGAAGCCUAAGAGCAAGAGGAGUACAGAAAACUCUGUAGACAUGCAUCAGCCUGGCAGCUCCUUUCUGGAGGAGUGAUGCAAGGUCAGAGGCAUGUGCUGAAGUUUUGUGAUCAACACAAUGGAGAUGGGAAGUCUACAGGACAUGGAGGCAAGAGAUGUGGAGAAGGAAGUGGAAAGUGAAUAUGCCCAGGUUACAUUUAAAGACAAGAAUGCUAUACACAUAUUCUAUAAUGCUGUGUCAAGUUUGGAAAUUAAUUUGCAUAAUGUCUUGCUCUCUUGUAUGCAUGUUUUCUUGUUUGUCAGCUCUGACACGGAGAUUUUGAUUAAUUUCCUUCUUUGUUUUUAAGUUCAUUGUGUUUAAGACCUAGACAGGUUUCACAGUCACUGAAGGCUUUUUUCCCCCCAUUUUAAGUGCAUACUAAUAAUAAUAAUAAUAAUAAUAAUAAUAAUAAU